GGCGAGCGGGCGUGGGCGGAGGGCCUCGGGGCGGCCGCGCGGGGUGUGGCGCCGGGUCCGCUGUGAGAGACCGGGAGCGGCGCGUGGAGCAGCCUCUGGCCGGGGCCGCGCAGAACUGAAGGUCCCUGCUUUUCCUGACGGGUCUGCGGUGGACAGUCCCCCCUCCCCGCGGCGGGCAGCACAGAGGAGCCAGCAUGGGCCCCCCAGGCAGGCAGGGCCCAUCUUCCCUGCUGCUCCCGGCCCCCGCGCCCUGCUUCUUCCUGCUCUUCUGCUUGCCCCUGGGCGCCUCCUGCCCGCAGAGCUGCCAGUGCCCAGACCACGCGGGCGCCCUGGCCGUCCACUGCAGUGCCAGGGGCCUGCAGGAGGUCCCCAGGGACAUCCCGGCCGAGGCGGUGCUCCUGAAGCUGGACGCCAACCGGAUCUCCCACAUCCCCAACGGAGCCUUCCAGCACCUGCAGCAGCUGCGCGAGCUGGACCUGUCUCAGAACGCCAUUGAGACCAUCGGCCCCGCUGCCUUCUCGGGCCUGGCCGGGGGCCUGCGGCUGCUGGACCUGUCCCACAACCGCAUCCGGAGGAUUCCCAAGGACGCGCUGGGCAAGCUGAGCGCCAAGAUCCGGCUGUCCCACAACCCCCUGCACUGUGAGUGUGCCCUGCAGGAGGCCCUGUGGGAGCUGAAGCUGGACCCCGACUCGGUGGGCGAGAUGGCCUGCCACACCUCGGUGCAGGAGGAGUUCGUGGGGAAGCCGCUGAUCCAGGCGCUAGACUCGGGCGUCAGCUUCUGCAGCGUGCACCACAAGACCACCGACGUGGCCAUGCUGGUGACCAUGUUCGGCUGGUUUGCCAUGGUCAUCACCUACAUCGUGUACUACGUGCGCCACAACCAGGAAGACGCCAGGAGGCACCUGGAGUACCUAAAGUCCCUGCCCAGUGCCCCUGCCACCAAGGAUGCCGUCAGCACCGUGCCCUAGCGUCUGCCUCGCGCCGACCCCGCCUGCCGGCCGCCCGCACCUGCUGUGGGGUGGUCGGGGAGGCAGGCGCCCAGCAUGCGUCUGGAAGUGGUCAGUGCUCAGAGCCCAGAGCACCGCUGCUUGGGGAGAGGCGAGGGGCAGCACCAUCAGGCAGGAUCCGGCCGUGGUGACAUCUGUGCCCCUCCCACGGGGAUGUGGACAUCCACACGGUCUCCACGCGGAGCUGUCUACGGCUGGCACUGGCCAGUCCCCUGCUGACCCGAGGACGUUCGAUCCGGACGGUGCGUGCCCAGGGUUUUGGGGAGCGGUCAGUGGGCCCUGUGGCUCACCCCAUCUCCCCUUGACCUUUUGUGAGUUCUCAGAGUUGAGUGUCACCUUCGUGUCCAAGCCUCAGUCGGGGUGGGGAGGGGGAUGUGGAGACAAUGGACUGGGAACAGUCCAUUGUGGCUCCUCUGGGGGCACCUCUGGUCACCUGCACCUGCCGGACUGAUGGCCUUGGACUGGGGCCACCCCGUGCCUUGCUCUUCUACUCACUGGUGUCUAAAACAGCCUUUCCACGGGGAGGGGGCGGUUGAGGCCAGCCGGCUGAGGCUCCCCUCUCUCCGGUGACAGCCGCUGCCCCUCCUCACCGCUGCUGCCAGGGUUCUCGGCGCUAACUCAGCGCUCGGCUCUCUUACCCGAAUCAUCCGUCUACAGGGUAGGUGUCACCCCCACCCACAGGGCGCUGAUUUCUAAUUUUACUUUUUACCGCCUU